CCAGCUUGAGCGAGAGAACGAGAAAUCUCCGUAGACUGCGACUCGCUGGCUCUCGCUCGGAGAUGAUGCAGAGCGCAGCUGUCCCCGCGGAGGGGGCUGUCAAGGGGCUCCCGGAGAUGCUUGGUGUGCCGAUGCAACAGAUCCCCCAGUGUGCUGGCUGCAACCAGCAUAUCCUGGACAAGUUCAUCCUGAAGGUCCUGGACAGACACUGGCACAGCUCCUGCCUCAAGUGUGCAGACUGCCAGAUGCAGCUAGCUGACAGGUGCUUCUCCAGGGCCGGGAGCGUCUACUGCAAGGAGGACUUCUUCAAGCGCUUCGGCACAAAAUGCACGGCCUGCCAGCAGGGCAUCCCCCCGACCCAGGUGGUCAGGAAGGCGCAGGACUUCGUCUACCACCUGCACUGCUUCGCCUGCAUCAUCUGUAACCGGCAGCUGGCCACGGGGGACGAGUUCUACCUCAUGGAGGACGGACGGCUGGUGUGCAAGGAGGACUACGAGACGGCCAAGCAGAACGAUGACUCAGAGGCCGGAGCUAAGCGACCCCGGACCACCAUCACGGCGAAGCAGCUGGAGACAUUGAAGAACGCCUACAAGAACUCCCCUAAGCCUGCCCGGCACGUGAGGGAGCAGCUGUCCUCGGAGACAGGCCUGGACAUGAGGGUCGUACAGGUUUGGUUUCAGAACAGAAGGGCCAAGGAAAAGCGGCUGAAGAAGGACGCGGGGCGGCACCGCUGGGGGCAGUUCUAUAAGAGCGUCAAGAGGAGCCGGGGAGGCAGCAAACAGGAGAAGGAGAGCUCGGCAGAGGACUGUGGGGUUAGUGACAGUGAGCUGAGCUUCCGAGAGGAUCAAAUUCUCUCAGAACUUGGCCACACCAAUAGGAUUUAUGGCAACGUGGGGGACGUUACAGGCGGACAGUUAAUGAAUGGGAGCUUCUCCAUGGAUGGGACAGGACAAUCCUAUCAGGACUUGAGGGAUGGGAGCCCCUAUGGAAUCCCCCAGUCUCCAUCCUCCAUCUCGUCCCUGCCAUCCCACGCUCCUUUGCUCAAUGGGCUGGAUUACACGGUGGACAGUAAUUUGGGCCUCAUUGCGCAUGCAGGGCAGGGAGUAAGCCAGACGCUGAGAGCCAUGGCUGGGGGACCCACCUCUGACAUCUCCACAGGAAGCAGUGUAGGCUAUCCCGACUUUCCAACUAGCCCAGCCUCUUGGCUCGAUGAAAUGGAUCAUCCUCCUUUUUAAGCACCUCUCCUCCCCACCCUACCCGUCCUCUGGCUUGACAGAAUAUCUUCAAGGAUCAAAAG